AGCACGUGAUAACACAGGAUGCACAUUUUGUAAACUGCACAACCUAUAAAGCUACCUGCUCCAAAGAGUGAGAGUGAGUGCUUGUUUUGUCAAGAUGGGCAGCUAUAUUCUACUGGUCCUCUUUCUAGUAGCACUACCUAAUGUACAACUGGGACAUUCCCAGUGUGACGUUGUGAGGAUUGCAGCAGCUGUACAUGAAACUUUGGGACUAACUCUUGAGGAGAUGAAGGAAAGCAUUAAAGCAAUAGGUUUUCACACAUGUGGAGGUACAGCAGGUUGGAGACGUGCAGUCUACCUG